AAGCUAAAAAUAUCGGUCUUUGUAAAACCUUCCAAGAUUCAACCUUUAACGUGCAGUAGAAUGAGUGAUGAACAAGAUAAUACCCACUACCAUCAGCACCACCAAAUCCUUCAAUUCCAUCAUCAACCGCCUCUCCUCACAAGGAUCCCACGACCAAGUCCUCUUCACCUACAUUUCCAUGCUCAAAUCCAACACCCUCCCCGAUUCCCACACUUUCCCCAGCCUCCUCAAAGCCUGCACUUCUCUAAACCUCUUUUCCCUCGGCCUCUCCAUACACCAACACAUUAUACACCAUGGGUUUUCUUCGGAUUCCUACACGGCAUCUUCUUUGACAAACUUUUACGCGAGAUUCGGUCGCACGACGAACGCUCGCAAGGUGUUCGAUAAAACGCCGGACAGAGAUGUUGUUCCCUGGACUGCCGUUAUUGGAUGCUAUUGUCGUGGUGGCGACCUGGACAAUGCUUUUUUAAUGUAUAAUGAAAUGCGAUGCGGUGGGGUUGAGCCUAGUCCGGUUACUUACUUGAGCUUGCUCUCUGGAGUAUUGGAGUUUGGUUACGUGCAGGCUUUGCAUGGCUGUGUGGUUUUACAUGGCUUUGAAUCAGAUAUAACUUUGGGGAAUUCGUUGUUGAAUGCAUAUAUAAAAUGUGGGAGCAUUGAGGAAGCAAAAGCGUUGUUUGAAUUUAUGAACCAACGAGAUAAAAUUUCAUGGAAUUCUUUGAUUUCUGGUUAUGCUCAGUUAGGGAAUGUUGAGGAAAUUUUGCAACUUCUUUCUGGAAUGAAGAUAGAAAGUACUGGCCCCGAUCGCCAAACUUUUGGUUCUUUGAUUGCUGCCGUUUCGGCACAGAGUAAACUUAAUCUUGGAAGAAUGGUGCAUGGACAGACUUUAAGAUGUGGCUUUGAUUCAGAUGCACAUGUUGAAACAGCACUUAUGGUUAUGUAUUUAAACUGUGGUAAUACUGAUGCUGCAUAUCGGAUUUUUGAAGGGGUAUCUGAAAAAGACGUGGUUCUAUGGACAGCGAUGAUCUCCAGGCUAGUGCAAAAUAAUUAUGCAGGAAAGGCUUUGAUAGUUUUCAAUAGUAUGUUGAAGUCAAGAGUAGAGCCAUCCGCUGCCACCAUAACUAGUUCUCUUGCUGCUUGUGCACACCUGGGUGCUUUUGGCUUAGGAACCUCCAUCCAUGCUUACAUUUUAAGGCAAGGAUUGACGAUAGAUAUUCCAGCUCAAAACUCUCUUGUGACCAUGUAUGCCAAGUGUGGUCAUCUGGAGCAAAGUUGUGCAGUUUUCGAGAGGAUGGACAAAAAGGAUUCGGUUUCUUGGAAUGCAAUAAUUUCCGGAUGUGCCCAAAAUGACAAUUUAUCCAAGGCAUUGUUCUUCUUCAAUAAAAUGAGGUCAACCCUUCAAAAAUCUGAUUCAUUAACUGUUGUCAUUUUGCUUCAAAUCAUCACAUCUACCAGUGCUCUCCAUCAGGGAAAGUGGUUCCACAACUUUGUAAUUAGAAGCUGUCUUAGGCCAUGCAUCUUGGUGGAUACAGCUCUGGUGGACAUGUACUGUAAAUGCGGUGAUUUGGACUCUGCUGUUAAGUGUUUUAGGGAGAUGUCACAACGGGACUUGAUCUCAUGGAGCACAAUUAUUGCAGGAUAUGGUAGUCAUGGCAAAGGGGAGGCAGCUUUAAGCAUGUAUUUUGAGUUUCUGCAAUCUGGAAUUAAACCAAAUAAGGUGUUUUUCCUUUCAACUCUAUCUGCCUGCAGCCAUAGUGGACUUGUUGACCAGGGUCUGAGCAUAUUCCACUCUAUGUCUAGAGAUUUUGGUAUUCAACCAGGAGUUGAGCAUCGUGCUUGCAUUGUCGAUCUCCUUUGUCGAGCUGGCAAGGUGGAAGAAGCUUACAACUUCUACAAGGAGAAUUUCUCGGAGCCCAUCGCUGAUGUUUUGAGCAUGCUACUCGAUACCUGUCGAGCAAAUGAUAACCUGGAACUUGCUGAUGUGAUUGCCCAAGAUGUCAUCAUGUUGAAGCCUACAAGUGCUGGAAACUAUGUCCAGAUAGCACACUGUUACGCUUCUAUGAGUAGAUGGAACAGCAUGGGGGAAGCAUGGACUCAAAUGAGGUCUCUAGGCUUGAGAAAACUCCCAGGAUGGAGUUUCAUUGACCUGCAUGGUAUAGUUACCAUGUUUUUCUCCGGCCAAAACACUCAUCCGAAACAUGAGGAACUGGUUUGUACACUGUCAACUCUGAGGUGGGAAAUGAGUGAAGAUGGUGUGAACUUUAAGAUGAACGAAGUUCGUGAUAUGUUCUUCGACUAGAGGUUUUUAUGAACAAAAACUGCGGAGUACUCUAUGCUUUGGACUGUAAAACAGAUUCCAACGCAACAGAUUAACUUUGGAAGAUGAGAGGGAACAAUUACGCUUGAUAUUAUAUCGACUGCCAGGUGCAGGUAAUUUGUCUUUCUUCCAUGUUACAGAGAUUUGAUGCAUCAAUGCUGUUAAGGCCUCUUAAAGGAA